CACUAUAAUGCCGAGGGCCUAAGGAUGUAUGUCACUGGCUGUAAUGAUGUGCACUCGCGAUUCGGCUCGUCUUGCCUAGGUAUUGAUUACUUGCAAUUUCAUCUUCGUAUUCCUCGGCCGAUUUUUCGUCAUCUCGUCAGCCUGUCAAUCAUAUCGAUGGCUUCGUGUGAUUUGCGUACACUGCACAGUCUGUAUACACCAUGAAAUCAGUCCCUGGGUCUCGCAUGCCUGAGGAGAAUGUCGCCAGCAAUGGGCUUUUAGUCCCAUGGUACAUAGUCCCGAGUCGCUGGUCGUCGGUUGGGCCGGAACGGUUCUAGAAGACUACACGCCGCCACGUUGCGAUGAUCCGAGCCAAGAGAUCCGAGGCUGGGUAAGCUGAAUUGCGGCACAGCUGUGCCAGGGCAGCUCGGAGCUGAGAUCUGGGAUCUGACAAUCAACAUUCUAACCAAUUACAACGACAUCUAGACAUGUCGCGGUCUGGCUUCGGUCGACUCCCCAUCGAACUGAGCGCAUAUAUUGCUGAGCUCCUGGACACGACUGAUCUCUCCUCCUUCCGCUUCACAUGCAGACAGGCAGAUGUACAGACUUUCGAUGUCUUCGCCCGCCGUUGCUUAACACAAUGGCGAACCACACUCAUGGGCUCCGAUUUUGAGACCCUAGAACUAACCUCCCGGCACCGGAAUCUAGCCAAGUAUGUCAAAACGUUGAUCCUCGAAGAUGACGCCAAUCGAAGCGAAGAAACGGAUGUCUGGCCACGCGAUGAAGCGGGCAUGGUUCUAUGCAACACGAUCGGCGUGCCAGCUUUGAAGUGCAUGCUUCAAGAUGGCCGUCUGCGCCCAAGCGAGAUUCAUAUCAAAGACUGUCGCCUUAUUCACACUGUUCCGGGACCAUAUUACUGCGCCGCCAUGACACGCGAGGUUCUAGAGAAUCUGGAUAUAACUGUUGUCUCUUUGACUUUCGAACACGCGUUCCAUCAAACCGUUGUUGCUACUAUCGGUCUCGCGCAAGAACAUCAUAUUGGCAGUGAACUGGAAAUGUUGCAUUCUGCAAGGCUACUCCUUGCGGACGGACUCGAUCCAUACUGGCCCACGCGUGUCCUCCAUCGGGCACCAACGCUCAAACAGUUGGGGAUUCGCUGCGGUGGCAACCAGCAGCCUCGAGCAUUGAUAAGCGAUUAUCUCAUAGAGAAGGAGCCCCUCCCACGACUGUCAGAGUUGAGUAUCAUGGAUGGUAGAAUCUCAUUGGCGUGUUUUCGUCCUCUGAUCGCACCCUCGAUCGAGACGCUGACGCGACUUGAACUAUUGGGCGUUGAACUCAACGUUGAAACGUCAUGGAGUACGUUACUAGAACAAACUGCAGGCGAGCUCAACAAUCUGAAAGGAUUCUGGCUCAGCGGGCUUGGGAUACUUCCAUAUCGGGUCGGCGAACGAUUGAGAAGAACCCAACGACGCAUCAUAUUCACUUUUCCAAAAGAACGCAUUUCAGGGCAUCAUUGUCAUAAAGCCUUUCACAAAUACUCCUAUAGAUGUUCAGAUCCGGCAUUGCUUCAGUCGGGCCUGGAGCUCGCGGGCCCAAUGUUUUGGCCGAGAGGUGAGGUUGACGAAGUGAAAUACAGCGGGCCGAACGCAAGAGCAUUUCUGACGCUGGUGGCUAAGAUUGCGGUGGAAUACAUGCAAUCCGACGAAACUUGAUGAAUGAAAAUCUGGGAUGUGGACUGGGCCUGCUUCACUGAGAGCGAAAGACCGGAGUCGUCAUCAAGGUUUUCUUGGGAAUGAGAUAGGUUCAUUCAUUGCAGUCGUCUGCUAUGUAACAACAGACAGGCACGAAGAAAUCACACCGGGCGUAUGCAUCUCAACUCGAAGUCCACAAU